CCGCCAUGGAGGUGAUGAACCUGCUGGAGCAGCCCAUCAAGGUGACGGAGUGGCAGCAGACCUACACCUACGACUCGGGCAUCCACUCGGGCGCCAACACUUGCGUGCCCUCCGUGAGCAGCAAGGGCGUCCUGGAGGAGGACGAGGCCUGCGGGCGCCAGUACACGCUCAAGAAGACCACCACGUACACGCAGGGCGUGCCCCAGGGCCCAGGUGACCUGGAGUACCAGAUGUCCACCACGGCCAGGGCCAAGCGUGUGCGGGAGGCCAUGUGUCCGGGUGUGACGGGCGAGGACAGCUCGCUGCUGCUGGCCACGCAGGUGGACAACCAGGCCACCAACCUGCAGCGCCUGGCCGAGCCGUCCCAGCUGCUGAAGUCAGCCAUCGUGCACCUCAUCAACUACCAGGACGACGCCGAGCUGGCCACGCGGGCGCUGCCCGAGCUCACCAAGCUGCUCAAUGACGAGGACCCGGUGGUGGUGACCAAGGCAGCCAUGAUCGUGAACCAGCUGUCCAAGAAGGAGGCCUCGCGCCGGGCCCUGAUGGGGUCCCCGCAGCUGGUGGCUGCCGUGGUGCGCACCAUGCAGAACACCAGCGACCUGGACACGGCGCGCUGCACCACCAGCAUCCUGCACAACCUGUCACACCACCGCGAGGGGCUGCUGAGCAUCUUCAAGUCGGGCGGCAUCCCCGCCCUGGUCCGCAUGCUCAGCUCGCCCGUGGAGUCGGUGCUGUUCUACGCCAUCACCACCCUGCACAACCUGCUGCUGUACCAGGAGGGCGCCAAGAUGGCCGUGCGCCUGGCCGACGGGCUGCAGAAGAUGGUGCCACUGCUCAACAAGAACAACCCCAAGUUCCUGGCCAUCACCACCGACUGCCUGCAGCUCCUGGCCUACGGCAACCAGGAGAGCAAGCUGAUCAUCCUGGCCAACGGAGGCCCCCAGGCGCUGGUGCAGAUCAUGCGCAACUAUAGCUACGAGAAGCUACUGUGGACCACUAGCCGUGUGCUGAAGGUGCUGUCCGUGUGUCCCAGCAACAAGCCGGCCAUCGUGGAGGCUGGCGGGAUGCAGGCGCUGGGCAAGCACCUGAGCAGCAACAGCCCGCGCCUGGUGCAGAACUGCCUGUGGACGCUGCGCAACCUCUCGGACGUGGCCACCAAGCAGGAGGGCCUGGAGAGUGUGCUGAAGACCCUGGUGAACCAGCUGAGCGUGGACGACGUGAACGUCCUCACCUGUGCCACGGGCACGCUGUCCAACCUGACCUGCAACAACAGCAAGAACAAGACGCUGGUGACGCAGAACAGCGGCGUGGAGGCGCUCAUCCACGCCAUCCUGCGGGCCGGCGACAAGGACGACAUCACCGAGCCCGCCGUCUGUGCCCUGCGCCACCUCACCAGCCGCCACCCCGAGGCCGAGAUGGCGCAGAACUCCGUGCGCCUCAACUACGGCAUCCCGGGCAUCGUGAAGCUGCUGAACCAGCCCAGCCAGUGGCCGCUGGUCAAGGCCACCAUCGGGCUGAUCCGGAACCUGGCGUUGUGCCCCGCCAACCACGCGCCACUGCAGGAGGCGGCCGUCAUCCCGCGCCUGGUGCAGCUGCUGGUCAAGGCGCACCAGGACGCCCAGCGCCACGUGGCCGCGGGCACGCAGCAGCCCUACACGGACGGCGUGCGGAUGGAGGAGAUCGUGGAGGGCUGCACCGGGGCCCUGCACAUCCUGGCCCGGGACCCCAUGAGCCGCAUGGAGAUCUUCCGCCUCAACACCAUCCCACUCUUCGUGCAGCUGCUGUACUCCUCGGUGGAGAACAUCCAGCGCGUGGCGGCGGGCGUGCUGUGCGAGCUGGCCCAGGACAAGGAGGCGGCGGACGCCAUCGACGCGGAGGGCGCCUCCGCGCCGCUCAUGGAGCUGCUGCACUCGCGCAACGAGGGCACCGCCACCUACGCCGCCGCCGUCCUCUUCCGCAUCUCUGAGGACAAGAACCCCGACUACCGCAAGCGCGUGUCGGUGGAGCUGACCAACUCCCUGUUCAAGCACGACCCGGCCGCCUGGGAGGCGGCCCAGAGCAUGAUCCCCAUCAACGAGCCCUACGCUGAUGACCUGGACGCUACCUACCGCCCCGUGUACCCGGGUGACGUCCCGCUGGACGCCCUGGACCACCUGGACGUGGACGGCGACUACCCCAUGGACCUGCCCUACGGCGACGGCCUGCGGCCCCCGUACCCCACCUCGGACCACAUGCUGGCCUAGGGCCGCUGCCCGCCUCCGCGCGUCUUGGCUUUGCCCGGGCUGCUUUCUAGGGUGCUGGGGAACCCCUGUGGGGUGCGGGGUGCCGGCCACCUGCCCGGGGGCCGUGCUUGGGGCGGGACACCCGGCUUGUGGGGGUGGCCCGGCCCGUGUCUGCGCCCGCGGCCUGGGUGAGGGGCACCGGUGAGCCAAAAAGUGCCUGAGCGGAGCGGGCGCAUCCCCGCUGCACCGAGGUCCCGGGGCUCCCCGGCGGCCCCGGCCGCUGAAGCUUUAGACCCCUGCGUCCCGGCGCUGCUGCUUCCCAGGCGCUGGGUCCUCACUGCCCCUCCCCGCUGCUCAGACCCCAGGCCCGAAGGCCCAGAACCGGAAGCCCUGCUGGAAGCUCAGGGCCUGGGGGGCACGGGGAGCCCCUCUCCCGGCCUGUCCCCGGCCUGCAGGCCCAGAAGUGCUCUUGCUGACCCCUCUGGUGUGCGGUGAGGGGCUUCCUGUGCCCCGCGGUGGACCCCACCCCCUGCCCGUGGCGGGGGCCGGGCCUCGCAGGGUGUUGCUAUCAUCGCUUCCUGCCCUUGGUUCUUUGUGGGGUUUUUGUAUCGACCAAAGCAAAGGAAAUAAAAAUCACACUCGAGUCA